CCAAUGGGCGCGGAGGACGCCGGGGGGGACACGGCCAAGGUGACGCUGCCCACAGAGCCGCCGCCGCCGCCGGCCCGAGCGGACCCCGCGCAGAUCCAGCACCAUGCAGGCUCCCGUGGCUCUCCUCGGCUCCCCAGCGCUGUUCCGCUGCUGCUCCAGGGCUCUGGCCAGGCCCGUGUCCGUGGCUGUGUUCAGCAGGCCUGAGGAGAGCGCGCAGGUGUCGCUGGCCGCGCCGCAGCCCCGGCGGCAGUUCCGCAGCUCGCCGCUCUCCCGGGACAUCGACACGGCCGCCAAGUUCAUCGGGGCCGGCGCCGCCACCGUGGGCGUGGCGGGCUCGGGGGCGGGGAUCGGCACCGUGUUCGGGAGCCUCAUCAUCGGAUACGCCAGGAACCCGUCCCUGAAGCAGCAGCUCUUCUCGUACGCCAUCCUGGGCUUCGCGCUGUCCGAGGCCAUGGGGCUCUUCUGUCUGAUGGUGGCAUUCCUCAUCCUCUUCGCCAUGUGACAUCCCUGGGGACAGCCCCUGCUGCUGCUCCCGCUCUCCUGCCAGUAAACCACGGAUUUCUCUACGGAA